AGAAAUUCUUAAACUUUUCUUAUCAGAACCGCAUAUGCGGUAAAUAACCAACAGGAUGUGCAUAUCUGAAAUAAAACAUGACCAAACGAAUUAAAAUAUAGGCAAAGCAGUUCGGUUUUAUUCCUGCAAUAAAAAGUGCUAUAUUCGAAUUAAAAAUGUAUAACGAGGAAGUUGUAAAACCCAUAUGUCAAAAGUUAUUUCGUCAGAGUUCGAUAGAAACAAGAUUAACCCCUGCAAAUGUAUCAGACGAUUCCGAAGAUGAAAAAAAUAUCCCAAAAGUGGUGGAUUUAAUGCCGAAAACAAUUACACCUUCAAGAAGACCCAGUAACGAAACUGCUAUAGAUAAGCAGUUUGCAGAGGAGCUUGAAAAGAAAUUAAACCUCCACAAAGGAUUAGUUAAAACUGGACCAAGAGAUAAAAGUAAAGAAACAACUAAUGCUGAUUUGGAUAGCCUAAAAAAGCCUCCUAGCCCAAUAUAUGCUACUGUAAAUAAAAAUACAAAUUUUCUUAGUGAGUUACAGGGCAAGCUAUCAAAUCCAAGUAAAUCCAAGCCAUCGUGUACCAGUAUAAAUGCUGAUGGGCCCCAUUAAAAAGGUGCUUAAGCCUAAGCCACCUGUACCAGAACGUAGUAUUGCUACUAAUCUGCAAAACGCGGAGGUUCCGAAAGGAUGUACCUCAAGUGCUGAUCUCUUAUACAAGCCAAGCAAAGAAGAUACCAAACAGCGCAUAUCUAGACCCAACAGCGAUUAUGACAAUAUUAAGGACUAUAAUAUGGAUAAAACAACCAUUAAUAAAGAUGUUUAUUUUAAAGAACUGGAUUUGGAGGAAAAAUUGGCAAAGGAAUAUCAAAACAAUGAAGUUGGGAAAAUAAAAGCAUUAUUAUUAAAAAAGAAAACACCUUUAGAAGAAGAUGCAGAUCAAAUGGGCGGUUCUUCAAAAGACGAAGAAAUGGCGACCUCAAGACCAAAAUCACCUCGCCCAAAUGUCCCAAAAGUGGAAAAAGACGAGUCAAUAUGGGACAAAUUAGGCACUUUAGGGCGUAAAAAGAAAAUCAAAGAAGUUCUCGAAGUGCAAGCAGAAGGAAAAUAUGCCAUAGAUUCCCCUGGAUUGCCUGCUUUUGCAGGAAUAUCGCCAGAGGAUUACAAUCUGGAUGAAAAUGAAGAACGAAUGAUUAUUGACCCUAAAAGUUACGAGGAUCGCAGAUUUAUUGAUCUGAUUAAUGUUUUAAUUGAAUGGGUAAAUGACGAAUUGGCGUCACAAAGAAUUAUUGUGCAAAACCUUGCCGAAGAUUUGUAUGAUGGGCAAGUAUUACAAAAGCUGCUUGAAAAGUUGACAGCAGACAAGUUGGAUGUGCCUGAAGUUACACAGUCUGAAGAAGGGCAAAAACAGAAACUGGCUGUAGUUUUGGCUCAUUUUAAUAAGGUUUUGGGCAUUCAACGUUUGGGACACAACAAAUGGAAUGUUGAAGCUAUACAUUCCAAAAACAUUGUUGCCAUAAUCCAUCUUCUAGUUGCUCUAGCAAGACACUUCAGGCCUCCUGUACGCCUAACUGAAAAUGUGUCCAUUAAUGUUACUAUUGUACAAAAGAAAAAUAAUCAAUUGACUCACAGAGUGGUAAAGGAGGUUCUCACAAGUUCCUAUGAUGAUGUAGGAAUGAGAUGUGAAAGAGAUGCAUUCGAUACUUUAAUAGAUCAUGCACCUGAUAAACUACAAGUUGUUAAAAAGUCUUUGGUUACAUUUGUUAACAAACACUUAAACAAAAUGAACUUUGAAGUAACAGAAAUUGAAAGCCAAUUUCAUGAUGGUGUUUAUUUGAUUAUGCUUAUGGGACUGUUGGAAGGAUUUUUUGUGCCCCAUUACAGUUUCAACCUGACCCCUCAUGAAUUUGAACAAAAAGUACAUAAUGUUGGGUUUGCCUUUGAACUUAUGGAGGAAGUUGGUUUAAAGAGACCUAAAGCUAGACCAGAAGAUAUAGUCAACCAAGAUCUGAAGUCAACCCUAAGAGUUUUGUACAACUUGUUUUUAAAAUACAAAGUUGUCUAAAUUUCAAUGUCCAUUUAAUAAGCUGCCUUAACACUAGAAAUUAAAUUAUUUACAAAAUGUAUUAAUCUUUUAAGUAUUUAUGUAUACAAUAUAUUGUGUGUUUUAGACUAAUGUAUAUACUUAACUAUUUUGUUAAUUUUAAUUAAUAAAUUGAACUUAUUUACUACUGGGUGUUUAAUUAAACAAAUUUAUUCAACUUUAAAAAACUCAAUAAUUUCACUUUCUACACUAUUACUCAUUUGAAUAACUUUAUUAAAAUACAUAUCAAUAAGGACUUUUAGUCUCUUGUGGAAUUGAGGGUUAGUUUGAAGUGCUACUAGCACAAAUGUUUUGGAUUCUAUAUAACAAGCUGAAGCAUUUUCAAUAAUUGAUGCACAAAUUGAAGCAGUUAAAAGUGAAUUGUAUUUAUUUUCAUUUAGAUGGCAAUAUUUUUCAAAGCCAUUCAAUAUAAUCAUAUUUGGUUUUUUAUGCCACAGGUGAACUCCAUUUAGGUGUUGUAAAAGGGCCUCAUAGUUUUCUAGAUAUAAGAAUGUGAUAAGUCUUAAAACAUCUUUUUCUGGAGUAUUUAUUUUCUCUGGAACAUUAUUUAUAGUUUCAGGAGAAAUAAACCAAAUAUUUAAACCUCUCUCUGCAAAGUAAAUGGCUGUCUGAAAAAAAACUUCUUCUAAAUUGUCUCCAAUUAAAAAUGAAGAAAUAAUAUUACCAGGGUUCAUUGUUAACCCUUUCAAAGAAUACCAUAGAAAAAUACUACGAGAUAAUAAACGAAAUGUUGG